AUGUCCGACAGCGUGUUGGAGGUGCUCGAAAUCGAGCUGGCCGACGGGCCCUCGCCCGUCUACCGAGGCGGCGAGGUGAUCAAGGGAAAAAUUCAUAUACGACUGCGGAAACAGAUUACGGUGUUCGCCGUCCGGCUCCAGAUCAAAGGCCGCGCCGCUUUCUUGAAUGAUUCCAAGAAGAAGGCCGAUAUCGAGAAGGUAUACUUCGACAACGACAUGGCCCUCCUCGAGCGACCACCCGGAAAAGCUGACCCUCACCAUUUUACCUGGAUCGCCAACUACGACUACCACCUUCCGUUUGAGAUGCCGUUGCCUAAAGGGUGCCCCACCAGCUUUGAGGGCCCUCACGGCUUCAUCCGCUACUUCAUCAAGGCGUCGUUGGUGGAGGAGGAUGGAGCGCAAAUGCGCGAAUACUUUGUGAAAAACGCCUUCACGAUCGUCUCGCCUUCGGAUGGCCAUAUCGUUCGCGGACAAGCCGCUCAUGUUGCUGAUCAGGCGACGUACGGAGGAUGCUGCUGUAGGGGAAAGAUCUCCGCCUCCCUCGAUCUGAGCCGAACCGGAUACCUCCCUGGCGAAGUUGUCUACGGACAUUUGAAGCUGAACACAAAGAAGCCAAAGGAAUUUUUGGGACAAAUGGAAGUUCGACUCGUCGAUCGGGUGCUCCGAGUGGGAGGUGACGAUCCGCAUGCAUCUCCUUAUAGAACGUUGGAUUAUAGAAAACUGGAAGAGCAAGUGGUACCAAAAGGCGCCAAAGGCUUUGAAGGAGAUUUAUAUUUGAUCACGAUACCUCCGGUGCCGCCAACGACGAAAGGGGAUUUCGAUAACAUUACCGAAGAUAUGAACAAAUCCCCGACAAAAGGACUCUUCGAAAGCCCCUCCACCGCAACCUUGAGAUUCCGAAAAAUCCCCUUCUUGAGAGUUGAAUAUGCUAUUCAGGUGACUCUUGGCCACUCCAUCCUUCUGGAGAUUCCCAUCGAGAUCGGCGAGUUGAAGACGGCUGACGAGGCGACGAUCCUGAGACCAUUUAUUGCUGGGCCGCAGCCAAUCGGGGAGAUUGAUGAAGAGAAUAAGAUUCCCUUCAACGGCCCGUUCACCUACACCCCGGUCUACCCCUACACCGAAAAGUUCAGCAACGGUCAUACCCAAGCGCCACAGCCCACGACCCCAACCGUCCGAAUCCAGGAGCCAAUCCCGGAGGAGACACACCGGGAAACGCUGCGGGAGAUGGAGGCCGAACCUGGAGCAACGACCACUGUAAUCCAGGAGACCUCCCACCCCAAUGAGAACACGGUCGUCCAAACGACGGUCGUGCGGACGGAAUUGCCUGAUGGCUCGAAUAGAACGGCUACGCAAACCACCACUACCACCACGUUGGCCCAUGAACCCCAAGUAUUGCAUGAGGUAUCGGCGAGUCCGGAACCAGCGGAAGCAGUCAAGAGAGCGUCUAUCGUACGCCAAUCCUCGCCAACCCCAAUCCCAUCAAUUAUCGAGACGCCACCAGAUUUGCCGCACCGUGAAUCUCCUGAACCUCCCGUUGACGUCGAGAGAACUGUAGAAACCACCGAAGAUGAUGAGGGAGCCACCACCACGACCACCACUGAAACGUUCACAGAAGAUGGAGUGACUACGGUCCGGACCACGACCGUAACCCGGAAUCCCGAUGGCAGCGAAACUACGCAUGUAAGAGAAGAGACGACGCAAGAACGGGAGAUUACUUCUAGUGAGCGCGAGAUCCCCACCCCUGAAGAAUUUGCUCACAACAUUGAAGCGCAAGAGGGAGAUGAGAGCUAUACGCAGACCGAGACUUUUGAGGAGGACGGCGUUACGGUGCUACGCACAACUACGGUAAUCAAGCACGCCGACGGAUCGGAAACUCGCAAAAUUCACGAAGAAUCCCAUACCCCCAUCGGUGGUGACGGCGGAGAUGAGGAUGAA